ACACACUUAUCCCACAGCCUGCAACUUCUCCGCUGCUGCGCCGCUUUCCGAUCAGAACUUCCGCUUCCGGCCGCGCAGCCACGCUUCCGGUUUGCUGUUGCUAUAGGAACCGUUCAGGCGUUCUGUGAGUGCCGAGGUCUUUCAGGUCUUCUGAGAGCAGCCGCUGGGGAUACGUGCGUGGUCCUUUCGCACAAAGCGAAAAAGCCAAAGCAAAACUCUUCAACCAGGCAUCAUGUCAACGGUGGUAGCUCAGUCGGUACAUGUUUUUGGUCUCCGAGCCCGCGUGGCCAACAAUAUCUUCUUCUUCGAUGAACAGACUAUUAUAUUUCCUUCAGGAAAUCACUGUGUGAAGUACAAUUUGGAUCAGAAAUGGCAAAAAUUCAUUCCAGGCUCUGACAAGAGUCAGGGUAUGCUGGCCUUGUCCAUCAGUCCCAAUCGGCGAUACCUGGCUAUCUCCGAGACUGUGCUGGAGAGACCCGUCAUCACCAUUUAUGAACUGUCAUCCAUUCCUUGUCGGAAGCGCAAAGUUCUGAAUAAUUUUGACUUCCCAGUUCAAAAAUUUAUCAGCCUUGCCUUUUCUCCAGACUCAAAGUACCUACUGGCCCAGACAUCACCUCCAGAGUCAAAUCUCGUAUAUUGGCUGUGGGAAAAGCAGAGAGUAUUGGCCAUUGUUAGAACUGACACUCAGAACAACCCUAUCUACCAGGUGAGCUUCAAUCCUCAGGAUAACACUCAUGUUUGUAUCACCGGAAAUGGGAUGUUUAAGCUUCUGCGUUUUGCUGAAGGAACCCUAAAGCAAACCAAUUUUCAGAGAGGAGAACCCCAAAACUUUCUAGCUCAUACCUGGGUUUCUGAUGACAAGAUUAUUGUUGGCACCGAUAAUGGCAAGCUCUUUCUCUUUGAAUCUGGAGAUCAACGCUGGGAGACCAACAUCAUGGUCAAGGAGUCCAUCAGUGGCUCCAAGAGUCUGGAGGUCAUCCAGGAGUCAGAGAGCCUGAUCGAAUUUCCACCAGCCAGCUCCCCAAUUCCUUCCUAUGAACAUUUUGUGGCACCCACUAUCCGAAACAGUAUGUCCAUGCCCCAAGUGUUUGCUAUUGCCGCCUAUUCAAAGGGAUUUGCCUGCUCUGCUGGGCCAGGAAGAGUUCUGCUAUUUGAGAAGGUGGAAGAGAAGGACUUUUACCGGGAGAGCAGGGAAAUCCAGAUUCCUGUAGACCCACAAAGCAGUGAGUUAAGUCAGUCUGACAAGCAGGAUGUUCUGUGUAUGUCCUUCAGCCCCUCUGAGGAAAUCCUGGUUGCCAGCACCAGUAAGAACCAGCUGUACAGCAUCACCAUGUCACUGACAGAGAUCAGCAAGGGGGAGCCUGCUCAUUUCGAGUACCUGAUGUACCCACUACACUCAGCAUCUAUCACAGGUCUAGCCACCUGCAUCCGCAAACCCCUCAUCGCCACCUGUUCUCUGGAUCGGUCCGUUCGCAUCUGGAAUUAUGAAUCAAACACAUUGGAGCUAUUUAAGGAGUAUCAAGAAGAAGCAUAUACAAUUAGCCUUCACCCAUCUGGACACUACAUUGUAGUAGGCUUUGCUGACAAAGUACGUCUUAUGAAUCUCCUCAUUGAUGAUAUACGUCCUUUCAAAGAAUAUUCUGUCAGAGGAUGUAAAGAGUGUGCCUUUAGCAAUGGAGGUCACCUGUUUGCUGCAGUCAAUGGAAAUGUGAUUCAUAUUUUCACGACUACGAGCCUAGAGAACAUCACAAACCUGAAAGGACACACAGGGAAGAUUCGUUCAGUUGUGUGGAACACAGAUGACAGCAAACUGAUUUCUGCCGGCACGGAUGGAGCUGUGUAUGAAUGGAACCUGUCCACCGGGAAGAGGGAGACAGAAUGUGUGCUCAAGUCCUGUAGUUACAACUCUGUUGCUGUCUCCCCUGAUGGUAAAGUUAUCUUCGCUGUUGGAUCAGACCAGACCCUCAAGGAGAUCUCCGAUUCUUUGAUCCUUCGAGAGAUACCAGCAUAUGACAUCAUCUACACAGCUGUCAUCAUCUCACAUUCUGGGCGCAUGAUGUUUGUGGGCACCUCAGUGGGAACAAUCCGUGCCAUGAAGUACCCUCUGCCUUUGCAGAAAGAAUUCAAUGAGUACCAGGCUCAUGCUGGUCCUAUCACCAAGAUGUUGCUCACUUUUGAUGACCAGUUCCUGCUAACUGUCGCAGAGGAUGGCUGCCUGUUCACCUGGAAGGUCUUUGAUAAGGAUGGCCGGGGAAUCAAGCGAGAGAGGGAGGUGGGCUUCGCUGAAGAGGUGCUCGUGACUAAAACAGACAUGGAAGAGAAGGCCCAGAUUAUGUUGGAGCUGAAGACUCGUGUGGAAGAAUUAAAAAUGGAGAAUGAAUACCAACUCCGGCUGAAGGAUAUGAACUAUUCUGAGAAGAUUAAGGAGCUCACAGACAAGUUCAUCCAGGAAAUGGAGUCCUUAAAAACCAAAAACCAGGUUUUGAAAGCAGAAAAGGAGAAGCAGGAUGUGUAUCACCGGGAGCGCAUAGAAGACCUCAUAGAAAAACAGAGCAGGGAACUGCAAGACCUGGAAUGUUGCAACAACCAGAAGUUGCUUCUAGAAUAUGAGAAGUAUCAGGAGCUGCAGCUCAAGUCCCAGAGGAUGCAGGAGGAGUACGAAAAACAGCUUCGGGAUAACGAUGAGACCAAGAGCCAGGCCCUGGAGGAGCUGACUGAGUUCUAUGAGGCUAAGCUACAGGAGAAAACUAGCCUUCUAGAAGAGGCACAGGAAGAUGUCAGACAACAGCUGCGAGAAUUUGAGGAGACCAAAAAGCAGAUUGAAGAAGAUGAAGACCGAGAAAUCCAGGAUAUCAAAACCAAAUAUGAGAAAAAGCUUCGGGAUGAAAAAGAAUCCAACCUGCGGCUCAAGGGAGAGACAGGCAUUAUGAGGAAGAAGUUCAGCAGCCUGCAGAAGGAGAUCGAAGAAAGAACCAAUGACAUUGAUACCCUGAAGGGAGAGCAGAUGAAGCUGCAAGGGAUAAUCAAGUCCCUGGAGAAGGACAUCCAGGGCCUCAAACGAGAGAUCCAGGAAAGGGAUGAGACAAUUCAAGACAAGGAGAAACGGACUUAUGAUCUGAAAAAGAAAAAUCAAGAACUAGAGAAAUUCAAGUUUGUGCUUGACUACAAAAUUAAAGAACUAAAGAAGCAAAUAGAACCACGAGAGAAUGAGAUCAAGGUGAUGAAAGAGCAGAUUCAGGAGAUGGAAGCUGAGCUGGAGCGUUUCCAUAAACAGAACACACAACUGCAGCUGAACAUCGCAGAACUGUUUCAGAAACUGCGAGCCACAGAUCAGGAGAAGCGCAGAGAGCAACAGAAGGAGCGAGACUUAGAAGCACUGGUCAAACGGUUUAAAACAGACCUUCACAAUUGCGUGGCAUACAUCCAGGAGCCCCGGCUGCUGAAGGAGAAGGUCCGCGGUCUCUUUGAGAAGUAUGUGCAGCGGGCAGAUAUGGUGGAGAUUGCGGGGCUGAAUGGGGAUCUGCAGCAGGAGUACGCCCGCCAGCGGGAGCACCUGGAGAGGAACCUGGCCACCCUCAAGAAGAAGGUGGUAAAGGAGAGCGAGCUACACCGCAGCGACUAUGUCCGCAUCAUGCAGGAAAAUGUCUCUCUGAUCAAGGAAAUCAAUGACCUCCGCAGGGAGCUGAAGCUCACCCGCUCUCAAGUUUAUGACCUUGAAUCAGCUCUGAAACUGACCAAGAAAGUCCGGCCACAAGAAGUUCCAGAGACAGAGCCCAGCAGAGACAUGACCAGUGACACUACCACCAUGAGACUAAAUGAGCAAGAAGAAACUGGGAGAAUUAUUGAAAUGCAGCGCCUGGAAAUCUGCCGCCUCCGAGACCAGAUCCAAGAGCAAGCGCAGGUCCCUGGGUUUCAUACCAUCGCUGGAGUUCGGCUUCCUUCCCUCUUCAGCUCGGAGGUGGAUCUUGAAGUACACACCAAGUGACCUUCUAGCCAUAGCCAAAAACACCGUGUGUCUGUCACCAGGCCAUACUC